GUGCGAGACAAGAUCGACGGUGCCAAAAAACGACGGGGGAGAGAUAUCGGAAAAUUAAAUAUCUGUUUAAAUGAGGCAAAGACUUGAACUACCAUCUCAACCUCUCCUCAGGUUUUUUGCUUGUACAUAUCCCUUUUCCUAGAUUCUAGGGCAUUAUCAUGGCGGUAGCUGGUCGUUUCCUCUCUAGUAUCGGCGCCGAUGUUCUGUGGCGGUCAAGCCGAGACCUAAAGAUUCUCAUCCUUCUCCGCUUCAUCCGCCUCCUCGGCUAUGGAGGAACGACCCUUGUUCUGGCGUUAUAUCUCAACGCGUUGGGAUUUCAUGAUACCCAGAUUGGUCUGUUCAUGACGCUGACGCUCGUGGGUGAUCUUGCUAUUAGCUUUAUCCUCACUUGGGUCGGUGAUCGUGUUGGAGUUCGAUCAACAGCUGUUGUUGGUGCUUUGUUGAUGAGUGCUGGAGGAGUUGCCUUUGCGUUCUUUGAGAACUUUUGGCUGUUGCUUCUUGCGAGUAUCGUUGCUGUUAUCAAUCCAAGUGCGAAUGAGAUUGAUCCCUUCAAAGCAUUUGAAGAAUCGGCUAUUGCUCGUCUCAGCACAUCUCAUACAUGCAAUGACAUGUUUGCUUGGUGGUCAAUGCUAGGCAUGUUCGGCACAGCAGCAAGUAAUCUCCUAACAGGCUGGCUCAUCAACGCCCUCGAAGACAACGGCAUGAAAAAAGUUGAUUGCCACCGAAUCAUCUUCCUCAGCUACGCCGGUAUCGGCCUCCUCAAACUCCUCUGCUCAUUAUUCCUCAGCUCAGAAGUCGAGCAAAUGCCCCUUCAAAAAGAAUCCUGCUCAACACCCCAAUCCGGCAUCCUCACCCCCGAAGAAAUCUCUGAUGAUGAGACUGCUCCUCUUCUCGAUGACAAUAACUCCGGCUACGGAGCUGUUACCCAAACACAAGCCCAAGUCAUCGCCACCGUCCAAGAAAAGCGUCUCUUCACUCCAUCAUCCUUCACCUUCAUGUGGAAGCUCUCCCUCGCACUAAUCCUCGACUUUGUGGGCUCAGGUCUCGCACAAAUCUCAUGGAUGACAUAUUUUUUCAAGCGCGAGUACGACAUGCCCGAGGGCGCCCUUGGUUCCGCGACCUUCACCGCCGGCAUAAUCUCCUCUGUGCUCAACCUCGCAUCGUCACCGCUGUCACGCGCCAUCGGACAGGUGCAAACCAUGGUUCUCUGUCACACGGUCAAUUCCAUCUCGUUGCUCAUGGUGUCUGUGCCUGGGAACAAGUAUAUAGCUCUUGUUAUUUUCAUUUUCAGAAUUGUUACGCGUGAGAUUGAUAAUGCGCCGCGACAGGCGUUCAUCUCGGCGGGGGUUUUGGAUCAUGAGAGGACUUCUGCUAUGGGUGUUGUUAAUAUUACAAAGACGAUUGGAAGUUGUGUUGGUUUGUAUAUCACGGGUUUGUUUGCGGGAUUGGAUAAGUUCUGGCUUGCGUUUAUUCUUGCCGGUGCUCUUAAACUUUCUUACAAUGUUUUGAUCUUGGCAUUCUUUUGGAAGAGGCGUUGAAAAGUUUUCUCAUUGGCAUUUUCUCAAUCAUUAAUAUUGCGUAUUUUGUGCUUCAGCGUUUUUUCAUCAGAUAGAAUUGGCCGAGUCCUAUGUCUCUCGAUGUCCCAAUUGUAGUAAGACUACUCUGCAUGUUUCUCAACAUUUGUGCUCUGAUGAGGCCCAUUCCAGAGACCAAGUUCCAGUCAUCAUAUCCACGAC